CGUCAAAAUUUUCCGGUCGAUUUUCCAUCUUUUUAUUCUCCAUCGUUUUAUUUGACUCCGGAAUGGCUUUUUGUUGCGUAUCCUUCAUGAUCUGCACAUAUUGAAGGUUACUUUCUAGAACUGUUAGUUUUAAGUUGAUUUCAGCUAGACUUACCUUGAAAUUAGCCAUUUGAUUGUACUGUGGACUUAAUACUGAAAGGCAAAAAGCUCCGCAGUGUUGAGAGGCAUCUUAUAACAGGCAAAUGGAUUUUUUGGGGAUCCAGAGCAACAAUCCCGCACAAUAUAAAAAUGGUCGACUUGAGCAUACUGCGAGGGAAAGACCAAUCCAGACAUAUGUCUGGAAGCAACUGAUUCUUCGGCUUAUAAAGGCAUUUCGGGCACCCCAUUUUUGUUAAUUAAAAUACUGUCUUGUGCUGAUUGGCACUCACUCUCUCUAGAAAUUCGGGUUCUUUGACUGCAGCAGAAUGCAUAAAUUGGUAAAACUAAAGUCUUACAUAUUUAAUUUAUUGUAUAAAAGACUAAUCAUCUUACUCCUUACUUACCUCACACAGUUUUUUACUGUCUAUAACUUCUGUACUUGCAAUAAAUAUUACAAAUGGCGACGACGUUUUAUUUAAAAGCAUAUUAUUUAAAAAAGUUUUAAGUUUUAAGUCUCUCAGAUGGCUUGUAACAAGUUAAUACAAACUUAUAUUUCAAAUUAAAACAGCUUUUAAUUUUUUUUGCUUUGCUAAAAAUUCUCUCAGAUCAGCUGAAACAAAUCGGUUGUAUCAAUCACGGCGGAUUCGCAUAAUACCUGAGCAUUUUGUCAUCUUGCAAGUGGGUCAAGAUCUGUUAUCAUUUCAUUUCAUUUCGUUAUAUAAACUGCUAUUGACGGAUGUUUUUGGUAAUCAAAAUUUUAUUAAUAAGAUGAGGGUACACGAAUACGAGUUAAAAAUAUAAGUUACAAAUAAGUUCCUUUAGAAAAGAGUUCUGUUUUAAUAUUUACAACAAAAAUAAGGCAGUAACACAAUUUUAAGCAAGCAAAACGUAAGGUUUUUUUUCAAGAAAACUACAUAGAGUUAAGAGCAAAUUAAAAAUAUAAAAUAAAAUGCACGAAAGUAUAUAUUAACAGUUAUGCUAAGAAAUAUGUGAUGAUAUCUAAAAUAAUCAAUUUCUGGGACAUCAUGCCAAAAUAUUUAGUAUUGAAACUGCAUAAAGCCAAGGGUAAUUGAAGGUUAUUUGUCGGCACAGAGAAAAAAUAUGUUUUCUUUUUGUUUUUCAAAUUGUAUUAAUUUUCAUUCGAAAGGUUUGGUAAGGAUAUUUUUCAUAAAUGUAAAAACAUUUAUCAAAGAACUAGCUUAUGACAAUCAGUACUAUAUUUUCAUUUUUGAAGUUUAACACAUUCACGUUUAGAUUGUACAAAUUGUGCACAAAAAUAAAAUAUAUUUAAAAUUUGAUCUUAAAAAUGAUUUAUAUAUUAUAUCAAAAACUAUUUUUGUGACUGUACAGUAUGGCCAUUGGGCAAUUAAUGCCAAUAAUUUAAAUUAACCACGCGAAAAUAUUUUCACAACUCAGCGAGCGACACCAGAAUCAGUUCCCUUAAGAUUUUCAUUUGGAUUGGUGCAGAUUUACCAGCAGUAUGCUCAAGUUGGUCACUUUUAUAUUGUGUGCGUUUUGUGCCCUGAAAGUUUAUGGAUCCCCAGCGAAAUCACAGGAAAGUUCGGGAUCUGUUUGCCUCCUUAAGGACGCACCCAACCAAUGCGGAUCGUUUUGCCUUUCAGCAUUAGGUCCACUCUACCAUCACAUGGCUAAGUUCGAGCUUACCUUGAAUAAAACCCAAGAAAGUCAGCAGAAAAGCAUCGAUGCGAGAUUAGAACGGAUGCAAAUUGAGCUUACUGCGGUUCUAAGCAAAUUGCAGCAUGGCUUAAUUAAAACGGAGGAGACUAGUGUUAAGUGUAUUCCAUCGAACUUCGAAAAGAUCGGUUCAAGAUUCUUCUACAUUGUACAAGAUGUUAAGCUAAAUUGGACUGAUGCUGAGGACUUCUGUCUUCAAAAGGGCGGACAUCUAGCCUCUAUUCAAAACGAAGAGGAGUUCAACGCCAUUGUGUCCAAACUCGAGAAUUCGGAGCCAUAUUUUUUGGGCAUCAACGACAGGACCAAAAGAGGCGAUUUUGUAUCUGUGGCCUCCGGCAAACAAUCUUCGUUUUUUAAGUGGGAUCAGGAUGAACCCUUUUACCAAAACGACAGUGAGGCCUGCGUUGCAAUUGAUGAAGGCCUGAUGCGGGUGAACAAUUGUACUUUCAAAAAAUAUUUCAUUUGCCAGGCAGAUAUUGCAAUUUAGUAACACAAAAAAAAAAUUUUAAAAAAUCACUUUUAAUGGAGUAUCCAAUAUAUAUAAAAAGUUUUUAUAAAUGUUCUCGUUUGGUUAUUCUCUCGAUACGGAAAAUACAUUUGCGUUUAUACAUUUUCAAUGUCCAGCAAGAUAUAUAUACAUAUAUACCUAUAGGUAUUAAUAGGUAUAGUGUAUUCAUUAUUGCAUUUUUAUCUGUUUACACACCAUCUGUUCACACAUUUCCCAGGUUCAAAUCAUACAAAUUUGGAUUAAAAAUUAAGGAAGAACGAUAAAAACUUAUUUUCUAUAUCACAGUGCAAAAUGUAAAACAAAAUACAAGAUGAUGGUUGAAACUGCAAACAUUAUAUGGUUGAACAUGAAUAAUUAUAAAUAUUGUAUACUUAACUUUAUAAUUUAAAUUAAUAAAUAAU